GGACCACGAUUACAUACCAGACAUCCUGCCUCUGUCCUGCUACCCUGGCAGCAGGCUUGAAGGGGUUCUCACGGCGUGACGUCGCUGACAUGGCACGGAUGGGUCUAUACGUUGCGGGGCACUGAUAUGCGAGAGGACGGUGUCUGGGUAUCGCUCUGGGUGCAACGGAGGCAAAUCGAGAGCUUGAUUGUAUCGCCCUUCUCAUUUCCGGGAGUGCAGUGGAAUAAUGGAAGGGACUAUGCCCGAUUACAUAUCCACCGGCCUGAGGAAUUGCGUGCUUCGCAAUGAUUUCGGAGGCCGCAUUGAAAUUACCGCGCCACAUUUCCGUCAGCAGCCGCGGUUCAGCCACACGUGGCGCUGCUUUCCAACGUCGCGUAGUUUAAUGGACGCGACGCGGACCACGCUGGUGGAACUCUCACCUCCGCCUCCGUCAUGGUUGCUUGCCCGCUCUGCAAUAAGCAAGUCAAAGAAUCCCUAAUCAAUGAGCAUAUCGAUGACGGUUGCAAGUCCCAUAUCCUCGAACAAUCCGGCACUCCUGCCUCCCAGAAAACACACAGCUUCUUCUCCACUCCAGCCGCUCGCCGUAUCCCUCCAUCCACCUCGAAGAAUGGCACCCUUGCGUCGGCGUCUCAUCCGCCAUCCGCAACCCAUCCGGUAGAGCGCCAAAAGACAUCACCGAGUAGCACAAAGCGGCCUUUUGGCAGUAUCGAAGAUGGAGCGCCAGCAGCUCCUGCGAACGGUGCGAAUCUGCCUGAGAGUCCACCAGUAGCUCCGAAGAGGACAAAGUUGAGCUUGUUACACAAGGUUGCACCUCUUGCGGAGCGAAUGCGGCCAACCUCUCUAGACGAUGUAUGCGGUCAAGAGAUAGUAGGACCCAAGGGGCUGCUGCGCGGUAUGAUCGAAUCAGGAAGGAUACCGUCUAUGGUUCUCUGGGGAGGACCCGGAACGGGCAAGACCACCAUUGCGCGGCUUAUAGCGAAUACGUCUGGUGCUCGCUUUGUGGAGAUCAACAGCACUAGCACUGGUGUGGCUGAAGUUAAGAAGAUCUUCGCAGAAGCGUUCAAAGAAUUGCAGCUUACUGGGCGGACAACGAUUGUGUUCUGCGACGAGAUACACCGGUUUUCAAAGGCUCAGCAGGAUGUAUUCCUAGGUCCUGUCGAGGCAGGACAGGUCACAUUGAUAGCAGCAACGACCGAGAAUCCCUCUUUCAAAGUCAUUAGUGCUUUGCUUUCAAGAUGUCGGACCUUUACUCUUGCUAAGCUUACAAAAGAUGACCUAGUUCAGAUACUGGAACGUGCCCUGGCUAUGGAGAACUGCGACUCGCCGCUUCUGGACAAGGAAAUGUUGAGAUAUUUUGCUGAUUUCGCUGACGGAGAUGCGCGGACUGCUCUGAAUCUGCUAGAGCUUGCUAUCAAUCUCUCAAAGAACCCCUCCACGACAGCUGAAGAUAUCAAGCAGCACUUGACCAAGACCCUGGUCUACGAUCGCGCCGGCGAUCAGCAUUACGACAACAUCUCUGCACUACACAAGUCAAUACGAGGAUCCGACCCCCAUGCCGCGCUAUAUUACCUAGGUCGCAUGUUGAAGUCCGGCGAGGACCCGCUUUACAUUGCAAGACGGCUGAUUGUCGUUGCCUCGGAGGAUGUUGGACUUGCCGACAACACCAUGCUUUCCUUAGCUACAGCAACAUACACCGCAUGCCAGCAAAUCGGCAUGCCCGAGUGCAGGAUCAACCUUGCGCAUUGCGUCUCCGCUUUGUGCCUGGCCCCGAAAUCGACAAGAUCUUACCGUGGCAUAGCAAACGUUAUGGCUGCCUUGGAUGAACCCGGCAUAGCAGGGUUGCCUAUACCAGUUCACCUACGCAACGCGCCGACCCGCUUAAUGAAAGAAAUGGGUUACGGGGCAGAGUACAAGUACAAUCCGGAUUAUGUGGAUGGGAAAGUAAACCAGGAGUAUCUGCCUGAGAAGCUACGGGGGCGAAUAUUCCUUGAGGAUUCGGACUUUGGCUCGAAGGUGGAUGAAGAUCUGGAGGAUGUUUUGUUGCCGGAGAUUGAAGAUUGAUCAAGCAGCCAUUGAGGCAACUUGGAUCAUGAAGAGUUGGCAACGGAUAAGCCAGCUGGGGUGGUUGGUUAAUCCAGGCGUUAGGUCUGCGCCACA